AUGUCGGGUUUACAACGUCGCCGUGUUAAUAAGUCCGAAUCUAUUAGCUCGCAGGACCCAGUUGUGAAUGAUGAAACAGAUGGUGAAGGCAAAAGAGUAGCUUAUGACCCAGAAGAAGCGAAGCUUAGGGACGAUACUACGACUCCCAAGUUGAACUUGAUGGAGGAAGUGCUUCUUAUGGGACUGAAAGAUAAAGAAGGAUAUCUCUCGUUUUGGAACGACAACAUAUCGUAUGCAUUGCGUGGUUGCAUUUUGAUAGAGCUGGCCCUCAGAGGCAAAAUUCAAGUACUCAACGAUCCAGCAAGAAAGCGCUUUGAUGUUUCUGAGAGACUGGUCGAGGUAAUAAACGCAACCAAGACAGGAGAAGUAUUGUUGGACGAAGCGCUCAACUUGAUGAAGAACGAUGAGCCUUUAACAAUUGCCAACUGGAUCGACUUGCUCAGCGGUGAAACUUGGAACUUUAUGAAGAUCAGCUAUCAGCUGAAACAGGUCAGGGAGAGACUCGCUAAGGGCUUGGUUGACAAGGGUGUGCUAAGAACAGAGAUGAAGAAUUUCUUCCUUUUCGAUAUGCCUACUCAUCCUAUCACUGAUACAAGCUGCAAAGAGGCCAUUAAACGUAGAAUACUUUCUGUUCUGGUCUCGAGAAAUAUGCAGCUCAACUAUAAUGAAUAUUUCCCCUCCUCCGUCAGAUUUAAACUAAUAAGAACCCUCUCCUUGAUAUGUGGUGCUUAUGGAGCCAACGUUUUGGAAAACGUUUUAUCGAGUCUCGACUAUGAGAAGAGGGAUCGCGCGUUCAGCCGCGCGGAUGAGAUUCUGGCUCAAUUUUCUCAAUUUCCAUUCGCUUUAGAUAAACAAACAGAAACAGGCAUCUCCGUGAACUUGAAUAAGGAAGUUCAGGAAGAAGUUGUCUCAAAUCAAGACGCCAGUUUGCAACUAGAAUGUGUUGCCGGUGUUUUCGAGGUUUUCUCAAGAAUGGACACCUUGUUAUGA